UAUGCAGAUGUUUUUACUGUUAAAUUUCCCUCGUUUAUCUUGGACCUGCACUCCCGGUGGUUUUAAACUGAAGAAUAGUGUUCAGUCAAUCUGCAAUGGGUCGUUUAGAUGGUAAGGUGGCAGUGUUGACGGCAGCGGCACAGGGUAUUGGGCGAGCUGUAGCUGAGGCAUUUCUCCGAGAGGGGGCGACAGUAAUUGCUACAGAUAUCAAUCUGGAGAAACUGAAAGAAUUGGAACAAUUAGGUGCUGACUGUCGUGUGUUAGAUGUAAUGGACACAGCAGCAGUGAAUGCUUUCGCUGCUACCAUACCUCGGAUUAACAUACUUUUCAACUGUGCUGGUUUUGUUUUUCAUGGGACUUUGUUGGACACUGAAGAGAAAGACUGGGAUUUUUCUUUCGAUCUUAAUGUGAAGAGUAUGUACCGAAUGAGCAAAGCAUUUCUUCCAAAGAUGAUCCAGCAAGAUUCAGGAAACAUUAUAAACAUGUCUUCAGUCGCUUCAAGCAUCAAAGGCAAGUAGCUAAUCUUUACACUGCUAAAUUUCUACAAUGGACUGGUCCAUCAUUCAAUU